AUGUCAUCAUCACACUACAACAUGAACACUCUGGCAUCCUUUGUUCUUUUUGCUACUUUGAAUACCCAAAGUGUAUACUGCAGCUACUACCAUGGACCUACCGCCAAGCCUGUCGUCCUCCACAACGGCUACCUGGCAGACACCCAUGAGGUAGCAGCAGCCAAGAACGCUCAUCUCGCCGCUCUAGCCAAGGAAUCUCACUACGGAGGAGACUACAGAUACGGUCACGGCCAGGAAUACAGUGGCUCUUAUGGUGGAUAUCAUGGAGACAUCAGAUACCACGGACCCAUCGCCAAGCCUGUCGUACUCCACAACGGCUACCUGGCAGACACCCAUGAGGUAGCAGCAGCCAAGAACGCUCAUCUCGCCGCUCUAGCCAAGGAAUCUCACUACGGAGGAGACUACGGAUACAGUCACGGCCAGGAAUACAGUGGAUCUUACAUGUAUGACGACCAUCAUGAAGACACCAGGUACCACGGUCCCACCGCCAUCCCACACGUCCUGCAUGACGGACACAUUGCAGACACUCACGAGGUGGCCGCUGCUAAGGCUGAGCAUUUCGCCGCCGUAGCCAAGGCUAAGGCUCACGGAGGCUACGGUGACCACUACAGUGGCAGAUACGCCUCAGACUACGGCACCGACCAUGGACACUCCCAUCAUGUGGUGUCUUACCACGGACCCCUCGCCAAGCCCGUGGUGCUCAAGUCCGGAUACCUGGCAGACACUCACGAGGUCGCUGCCGCCAGGGAACAUCAUCAGCAGGCUAUUCAUCAGGCUGUAGAUAAUGUUCCUUACAAAAAUGCCUACUGAUUGACAUAUUCCUUGAAAUAAAUAAAUAAAUCCUCUGAU